UGCGGUUAUGUGCUGCCAUGGCAGCGGGACGAGAGCAUGCUCGAUUGCCAGGCAGGACUCGAGGUGGAGCCUGUGCGGACGGGCACGCGUAGGGGGAUGACGGAGGAGGCGAUUUCCCGUCAGGUUGCGCUUAUUACCCAGGAUCCCAUCUGGGCCUCCGCACCACCUUCUGCUGAUUUCGUUUUCGGUAGACGUGCCUGCAUUUUUGGUCCCUACCCUAGGGAGGACGAUUCGGACAAGGAGCCGGUACCCGAGGCGGCAGAUGACCCUGCGCUCCGCAUUCCCCGCGAGAUCGACGAGACACACGACGAUCCCAACUCCGAGGAGACGAGGGCACACACUGCACGACGGGCGGCGGACCGGGCGGACAGGGAGAUGCUGGGGGGAGAGGAGGAGUUUUGGGGCCCAUUCGAGGAGGUCGCUUCCACGGGCGGCACAGAGGCGCGGGUGACGACCCCCACUCCGACGAGGCGGGGGUCGUCCAUGCUGCCACCUCUUGCUCCGAGUCGUGCACCACCAUCGUAUGUCUCGCCACUUCAGCCGGCCACGGCAACGGCGAACACGGAGGAGUUGGGGUCCUCUUUGCCUCAGCGCGGACUUCUCCACAGACGCGGGGCAGUCCGCCAGUUGAGGUUACGAUCACCUUCCCCCGGGAUAUUGCAGGAGGAGGGGGCACCGUCGGCAGCAGCAGUGGAGGGGGGGAUGGCACCAGCGGCGUUGGCGGACGCGACGAUCACAGUUGCGGUGGACGAGAUAGCAGCAGCAGCAGUGCUGGAAGAGAUGGCAGCAUCAUUGUUGGAGGAGGAGGCACCAGCGGCAGGAGGAGCAGCAGCAGUGGAGGGGCAGGUGGCAGCAGCAAGAGGAGCAGCUGGAGUAGUGGCAGCAGUGGAGGUGGAGGGGGCAGUAGCAGUGGAGGAGGAGGAGGCACCGUCGGUAGCUGCAGUGGAGGGGGGGGUGGAAGGACCAGUGGAGGAGGAGAUAGCCACACAGGCGGAGGCGUUCGCACGGGGCUUGGACGAGGCCAGGCUUCGAGAGACAUGGGGGGAUUGUGUGCAAGGUGCGGUGGUGGCGGGGGAGGACGUUGUGGAGGGAGUGGCAGCAGAGCUGGUCGAUGAGGCAUUGUCGGGUGGAGCAGAGGCAGCGGACGUUGCUGUGGAGGGACGGCCACAGGCGGUGGAUGAGGCUGUGCACGCAGGACAGCGGCGAGACGAGGGGGCUAUAGACGCACGGCGCAUGGUCCAGGAGACAGCGACGGGUUCAAUCACUCCACCCAAGCGUGGAGUGCCUCCUCGUCCACGCCCCGUGCCUGCAGCGGGAGGCGCUGCACUUGGAAAGAGUUUGGGGGUGGAGGGGUUGGGGAUGCCUCGUGGAUCCCGCCGUGAGCAGGCGGUUGCAGAGGCUUGUGCGAGGGUUGUUAGGUUGGGGAAGGGAGGAAACCCUGUCACCAUCGAGGAGGAUGAUCCUGAUAUGGAUGCGGCUGUGCGGCAGGAGGACGAGGACUAUGAGGGCGAGGAGGAGGGAGAGAAGGAUAGCAGGAGCGGUUCCGAUGGUGACGACGACGACGACUACGAUGAGCCCCCACCUCCCCGAGGACCCCCACCGACGUGAGUAUCUACACGCUCCGCUGCGCGGACUUC